GUCAUCAUGGUUUCAGCUUUAGUACACAACUGGAACCACGAUCCGACAAACCUGACCUCUAUGAAACAUGGCAAGUAGGUAAAACGACGAACUUGUCAGUAGUGUCAGUAAUGUUCAUAAGAGUGCAAUGGGUGUAACGGUACAUGUUUGUGUCCCUGUGAUCGUCCUGGUGGUUCUUUGCAUAGGACUUACAAGUUCAGAGACAACGCGACCCUGGUAUGAAAAUUUGCCGGCUGUUGCGAUGGACUACAAGGUCCAUAUUGAUCCUGGCAAAGAGGAUUGUUACUUCCAGUAUGUGAACCCUGGUGCAACUUUCUACGUUAGCUUUCAGGUGCUUCGUGGUGGUGAUUUGAAGGCUGGUUUUGCUGUAAGAAAUCCAGCUGGUGAAAUUGUUCAUCCUUAUCAAUGGCGUGCCAGUGCUGAUUAUCAAGACCUAUCCAUGCUUGGUGGUUACUAUAGUAUCUGCAUCGACAAUCAAUUCUCCAGAUUUGCUGCAAAAUUGGUCAAUCUGUAUCUCACUGUGAUCAGGUAUGAUCAGUGGGAUAAAGUCACACAAGAAUUAGAAGAAUUGAAUCUGUCGGUUCAGAACUUUACACAUACAAUUGUCGGCGUUGAGAAGAAUAUCAAUGAGAUUCUGCAAACACAGCAUCUAAGUCGCAGUCGGGAGGCUCGAGACUUAAAUUUACUUCUUGAUAAUAAUUCCUAUGUGCAAAAGUGGUCCAUUGCCCAGAUCAUUGUCAUUGCUGCCACUACUGUUUUACAGGUUUACUUUGUACGUAGACUAUUCGAAGUAAGACCUUCUACGUACUCCAGAGUUGGCAUUUAAGACAGUAGAAGCAUUAAGAUUAUAUAAAAUUCCAUUGCCAAUGGUGAAGGAAAAGGCUUAUCCAUGUUGAUUAAUUCGUCAAUAUUUUUAUUACCGAGGAAUCAUUCCUAGACAUUAAAUAGGUUAUUAUAGAAAUGAAUUUAGAAAAGUUUUACACAGCCAUUAAUUUUUUAUGAUAUUUAAACAAAUACCGGUUAAUUCAUUUUUUUUUCAUUUUAUCACAAUCGCCAAUGUCGCGUUAUAAAAUUUGAAGAAAUUGUUAUGGAUUCUUAAUUGUAAAAUUCCAUUUGUCGAUUUUUAAAAUAAAGCUAUACUAAAAUAUUUUUCAUAAAACGUUGAACUAUAUCGUAGGAAUUAAUAGCAUGACACGUCAUAAAUAUCGUCACAGUAUAGCUCAUUAUAUUAUUUUUAUGAGUUCUUUUUAUACCAAUAAUACGUAUCCAUUAUUACAUUCCAUAAGAACCAUACUAUCAACAGUAUUAUAGGAUGAUAUUUCACAUAGCUACACAGGUCAUUACAUUUUUGUAUUCAAAAAGCGACCCGUGCCAAUAAUAAAAAAGGCAUUCAUUUUUUUUUUAAUUAAAGGAACGUGCAUAAAUUCAAUUUAAAAAAAUAAAUGCUUCUGGUACUUUCUGCUCAGAAAAUAAUGCACUAACUAUUACUGUGCUUAGUACGUAUCAAUGCUUGGUUGCAAAAGAAAUCGUUAACUUUUCUUUAAAUAUUAAUUAACCUUUUGUGUCACAAACGUGUUCUUUAUAAAAAAAAAAUGUCUAUCACUGCGAUUUCAACGAUACUUCAUAUCUAAGCGUUUUUGGGAUCACUGAAUCCAAAUGUGGGGGUAAAUAAUUGCGACUUAAAAAUGGUGAAUACAAUAUAGUGACAGCUGACACUGAAUGUGUUAAAAAUUAUACUGUCAUUACAUUGUCUUUCACGAUAUCCGUAGAUUACCGAUAAUUGUUUUACGCUAAAAAUAAUAAAUGGUCUUCAUUGAAUAACAAAUUUUAUAUUAUUCGCAUAAAAGGUGCGACCCGCCAAAAUAAUUAUAAUAACAAAACAAACGCGCAUUGAAUAGCAUUAAACAACUGUAUGCAAGAAUAAAUAGUUAUCAUUAUCGACAUGUUUAUGCAGAACAGUAAUAAAAUACAGUAAUGAUAAAUGAUAUGACUAGCUAUAUGGGUAUGCGGAUGUAUAGUAUGUUCUAAUUGAAGGUAGAAUCAGUUUUUGUACAGAAUAUACGAAUUUACGUCAAAUUAUCUAUACAAUGUACUUAUAUGAUGUAAUACGAAUAAAUUGGCAUAUAUUUAUUA